AUGCAUGAAAGAAAUUUACAUGUGGAUGAUGUUUCUCAUGGAAUCAACUUGAUUAGAAGACGUCUCUACCGGAAAAAGGUUUUUCUUGUUCUUGAUGAUGUGGAUCAAUUAAAACAAUUGAAGAGUUUAGCUUGGGAGAGAGAAUGGUUUGGUUCUGGGAGUCGAAUCAUCAUUACAACCAGAAAUAAACAUUUGCUAUCCCAUCUAACUGAAAACAUAUAUGAUGUUAAUGGACUGACUUUCCAUGAAUCUCUUCGGCUGUUUCAUUUGAAUGCCUUUAAAAACUCACAACCCACAAAUGAUCUUCUUGAGCUCUCGCGACAGGUGGUGAAUUACACGAACGGACUUCCAUUAGCUAUUGUAGUUUUGGGAUCCCAUUUGUGUGGUAGAAGUGGUGUUGAGGAAACAGAAGCAAUUGAAGGUAUAAUGGUUGAUGUAACUCACUCGAGAGAUAUGCGCGAACAAGGAAUCAUGGGCCUGCAUGGUAAAUCUUUUUCAGCCAUGACCAAUUUAAGGUUACUUAGCAUCAGUAAUGUUCACCUUUCCGAGAACGUCGAAUAUCUCUCAAGUGAGUUACGUUUUUUCGAAUGGAAUGGAUACCUUUUAAAGUUCUUGCCCUUAUGUUUCCACCUGGAGAAUCUCUUUGAACUAAUUAUGUGCAACAGCUGCAUUGAAUAUCUUUCGGAGGGCAUGAAGUCCUUUUUGAAGUUGAAAACCAUUAAUCUCAGUCACUCCUGCAACCUGAUAACAACUCCAGACUUUACUGGGGUUCCAAAUCUUGAGACGCUAGAUCUUGAAGGCUGUACGAAAUUGCAUGAGGUUCACCCAUCUGUUGCAGUUCUCACAAAGCUAACUGUAUUUGUCUUGAAGAAUUGUAGAAAUCUUUUGAGUUUUCCAAGCGAUAUCCAUGGUUUGAAGUCUCUCAAGAUUCUUAAUCUCUGUGGCUGCUUAAAAUUAGACAAGCUGCCUCAAAACAUAGGGGUAGCUAAAUGUUUGGAAGAACUAGAUAUGAGUAGGACGGCAAUAAGACAAGUACCAUCCUCCAUAGUACAAUUGAAAAAGCUGGAAAAACUCUCUCUUCAUGGAUGUAACGGACAACGACCCCAAACCUGGUUCACUUUCUUCUUGUCAUUGUUGUUACCGAACAAAAAUCCAGAUUCCAUGUGUUCGUUGUUGCCACCUCUCUCAGGUUUAAUUACUCUCAAAAUUUUAGAUCUUAGUGACUGUAAUCUUUUGCAUGGAGCGAUCCCCAAUGAUAUUGGCUCCUUAUGCUCGUUAGAAGAACUAAAUUUAAGCGGAAACAACUUUGAUACCUUACCUCCAAGCAUCAAUCAACUUAUGAAACUUGAAAUUCUUUGGUUGGAAAGAUGCAAGAAGCUUCAGUCAUUGCCAGAGCUUCCACCACAAAUAGUUGUUCUUGGAGCACAGGAUUGUACUUCACUUGAAAGACUAUCGCCACCAGAACAAAGCACUUCCCGAGGAAUUGAACUGUACUUUUAUAAUUGCUUCAAACUGGUUGAGAAUUACGGCAGCGACUUGACAGUUAUUGUUGAAGAUUGGUGCUGUGCUGGAAGUAAGAUUUGCUGUAAGUUGAAGCUGUUUUGCUGCUGUGGAUGGACGUGCAUGGUGGUGUUCUGA